AUGAAGGUUAUCCAGGACUGGGCUCGAGACCAGUGGCUGGAGAGCACAAGGAAGAGACGUGGGCUCAAAGCAGUGGUGGAGCCUCAGUGUUCGAGGUCAUCCUGCAACAAAACAUGUGGUCUCGACUCUGGAAAAACACCCACAUCGUCCCUGUGCACAAAAAAGGGCAGCAGGCCUGAAGCCAAGAAUUACCGCCCCGUCUCGUUGCUGUCUGUGGCUAGCAAGGUCCUGGAGGGAAUAAUAACUGCGCGCCUCAUCUCCCAUCUCGAUAGCCAGCACUUCCUCAGCCCUAGACAGUUUGGCUUCAGGAAGGGACGGACAUACGCGGAUGACAUCACCAUCGUCCUGGCUCAACGACAAACUCCGCCCGAUAGAAGGCUGGAGACAGAGAUGGCAGGGAAGCUGGCCUCCCUCUGGAGAAUCUCCUGGCUUCUCGAUGUCAGGGGGGGGCGUGAGCUCCUGUACAAGAACAAGGCCCACUCCUCGCUUGAGCACUCCUGCCUUGCUUAG